CUGCCAACAUGGCGGCGCCCGUGGUGACUGUCUGGGCUGUGUUCGCCUAAGGUGGGAACCGAGGCGUAAGGAGCCGCAGGCCAGAGCCUAGGAGCAGUUAAACCCCUGAGCCGGGCUCAUAGGGGCAAGAUACGAGGCCUGAUAUCCCCUCUACCCGGAUUGGUAGAUUUCGACUUGCCGGGAGCCGGAAGGGCCUUCCCUCCUUUUGAAGAAUGGCUCCUUCUUGGCAGAGGCUGGGUUUAUAUGCCUCUCUUCUGAAAAGGCAGCUAAAUGAUGGUCCAGAUGUCAUCAAAUGGGGAAGGAGAGUGAUUCCAGGAUGUUCCAGAGGUAUUUACAGUGCCACGGGAAAGUGGACCAAAGAGUAUACGCUGCAGACAAGAAAGGAUGUGGAGAAAUGGUGGCAUCAACGAAUAAAAGAACAGUCCUCCAAAAUUUCAGAAGCUGAUAAAUCAAAGCCCAAGUUUUACGUGCUUUCCAUGUUCCCUUAUCCUUCCGGCAAGCUGCACAUGGGCCACGUGCGUGUGUACACCAUCAGCGACACCAUUGCACGCUUCCAGAAGAUGAGAGGGAUGCAGGUUAUCAAUCCCAUGGGAUGGGAUGCAUUUGGAUUGCCUGCCGAAAAUGCUGCGAUCAAGAGGAAUCUACAUCCAGAAAGUUGGACUCAGAGUAAUAUUAGACACAUGAGGAAACAACUUGAUCGACUGGGCCUGUGUUUCAGCUGGGAUAGGGAAAUAACCACGUGUUUACCAGAUUACUACAAAUGGACUCAGUAUCUCUUUAUUAAACUCUAUGAAGCUGGACUGGCCUAUCAAAAAGAGGCCUUGGUUAACUGGGACCCAGUGGAUCAAACAGUGCUUGCCAAUGAGCAGGUGGAUGAACGUGGCUGUUCGUGGCGUUCUGGAGCAAAGGUGGAACAGAAGUACCUCAAACAGUGGUUUAUUAAGACAACUGCUUAUGCAAAGCCCAUGCAGGAUGCGCUGACAGACCUUCCGGAAUGGUAUGGAAUAAAAAGCAUGCAGGCCCACUGGAUCGGGGACUGUGUGGGCUGCCAUUUGGACUUCACAUUAAAGGUUGAUGGGCAAGUCACAGGAGAAAAGCUGAGCGCCUACACGGCCACCCCCGAGGCCAUUUACGGCACCUCCCACGUGACCAUCUCUCCCAGCCACAGACUCUUACAUGGGCACAGCUCUCUGAAGGAAGCCUUUCGGAAGUCUCUCAUCCCUGGCAAAGAUUGCCUCACGCCCGUGAUGGCUGUGAACAUGCUCACCCAGCAGGAAGUCCCUGUUGUCAUCUUGGCCAAAGCUGACUUUGAGGGCUCUCUGGAUGCAAAAAUAGGAAUUCCCAGCACCAGCUUAGAGGACACUGUCUUAGCCCAAACCCUGGGCCUGUCAUACUCUGAAGUCAUUGAAACCAUGCCAGAUGGCACAGAGAGACUGAGCAGCUCUGCGGAGUUCACAGGUAUGAACCGGCCGGAUGCAUUUCUAGCGCUGACUCAGAAAGCCCGGAGGAAGAGAGUGGGCGGAGAGGUGACCAGUGAUAAACUGAAGGACUGGCUGAUCUCUAGGCAGCGGUACUGGGGCACACCCAUCCCCAUGGUCCACUGCCCGGCCUGCGGUCCUGUGCCUGUGCCUCUGGAGGACUUGCCUGUGACCUUGCCCAGCAUCACCUCUUUCACUGGCAAAGGAGGCUCCCCACUGGCCUCGGCUUCAGAGUGGGUGAACUGCUCCUGCCCUAGGUGCAAGGGAGCAGCCACGAGAGAGACAGACACGAUGGAUACCUUUGUUGAUUCUGCUUGGUACUACUUCAGAUAUACCGACCCUCAGAAUACUCAGAGCCCUUUCAGCACAGCGUUGGCAGAUUACUGGAUGCCUGUGGAUUUGUACAUUGGAGGGAAAGAACAUGCUGUCAUGCACUUGUUCUAUGCAAGAUUCUUUAGUCAUUUUUGCCAUGAUCAAAAAAUGGUCAAACACAGAGAGCCUUUUCAUAAACUGCUGGCCCAAGGCCUUGUCAAGGGGCAGACAUUCCGCCUACCAUCUGGACAGUAUCUACAGCGAGAGGAAGUAGAUCUCACAGGUUCUGUUCCUGUUCAUGCAAACACGAGGGAGAAGUUAGAGGUGACUUGGGAGAAGAUGAGCAAAUCCAAGCACAAUGGCGUGGACCCCGAGGACAUCGUGGAGCAGUACGGCAUUGACACCAUCCGGCUCUACAUCCUUUUCGCCGCCCCUUCUGAGAAGGAUAUCUUGUGGGAUGUAAAGACCGACGCUCUCCCUGGGGUGCUGAGAUGGCAGCAGCGUCUCUGGUCCUUGACAACUCGAUUUAUCGAGGCCAGGGUUUCUGGGAAGGUUCCCAGGCCUCAGCUGUUGAGUAACGUGGAGAAAGCCGAGGGCAGGAAGCUGUGGGAGUACAAGAACUCCAUCAUCUCUCAGGUGACUGCCCAUUUCACAGAGGACUUCUCACUGAAUUCUGCGAUUUCUCAACUGAUGGGACUCAGCAAUGCCCUCUUGCAAGCUUCUCAGAGAGUUGUUCUCCACAGCCCUGAGUUUGAGGAUGCUCUCUGCGCCCUGAUGGUGAUGGCUGCUCCCAUGGCCCCUCUCAUAACCUCGGAGCUCUGGGCAGGCCUGGCGCUGGUGCCGAGGAAGCUGUGUACUCACUACGCCUGGGACACCAGUGUGCUGCUUCAAGCCUGGCCAGCUGUGGACCCGCAGUUCCUCCAGCAGCCCGAUGUCGUACAGAUGGCGGUUCUGAUCAACAACAAAGCCUGCGGCAAAAUCCCUGUGCCCCAACAAGUUGCCCAGGACCAGGACAAAGUCCACGAACUGGUUCUCCGAAGUGAACUCGGUGUCAGGCUCUUACAGGGGCGAAGCAUCAAGAAGGCCUUCCUCUCCCCCCGAACCGCCCUCAUCAACUUCCUGGUGCAGGAGUGACUGCAGGGAUGCUGCGGCUACCACGAGGGCUUGAGGCACCUCCUCCAGCUUAACUGAGAUGAAUUUGGCAACAACCAAAACACAAUGAAGUAGAGCUGGGAAAGACUAGGACCAGAAGGGAAGGCAGGGACCGGAACUCUGGAGCAAAUAUUUAAGACGUUCCUAGAGUUGACUUGAGUGUACACAAUCUAAUUCCAUGUACCAAUAAACGUGGAUUAAAUAUAAGUGAACGGAUGAGGAUAUUUGGUACAAGAGGUGAGUGUUUUUGCUUGAUUGUCUUGUUUAUUCCAGAAGCAAGGUAAGUGGGCUUGAAUCUGUUGACAAGAUGAGUGUAGGAAGCCCUUUGUCUGCACAUGAUCUGGCCACAGCAAUGGUGAGUCCAGCCUCAAGGCCACUGGACUAACCAGCAUGUCUUUGCAGACCUUUUUCUCCAAGAGGAUAAAACUUUUAAAAACAAGAGCUCAUUGGUACUACUGAGAUGGUUGGUGUAAUGGAAAAAUUGAACAGAAAAAUCUGAUCCCUGGGGUGGGAAAUGAUCUCAGUCCUUUAUUAACUGCCUUGAUUAGGUCAAAAACUGGACUCAACAAGUUCACUUGCAUUAUGUCAUUUAAUUUCCACUAAAACCCUAGAGGGAAGGAAUUAUUCUCUCAUAAAUAUGAAGAUACCCAGGUUCUGAGGUUCAGUAAUUUGCUCAGUUUCCACAGCUAAGUAGAAGAACCGAACCCAAACCCAGGUCCUCUGGCCUCCAAAUCCCCUUAUGCCAUCCACUGUGUCUACCAGUCCCCUCACCUAGUUGCCCAUCUUGCUUGAAGUCAGGAAAAUUGAGAUGUUGGCUAGAAGCUUGGGGCUUACUAGGGAAGCCUCAUGACUGAAUGGAGUGGCCAUUAUUCUUAUUGCCUUUGCUGCCUUGGCUUAGGGUUUACUGAUUGAUGGCCUGAGGCUGCUGGGGGCAGAUGGCCCAGUGGUGUGAGCUAGAGGUUUGAGGCCACAUAAAGAAGUCCACCAGAAAUCCUUGCAAUCCACUCAUGGCCCACAGGCUUCUUGGCAGGCCAAUGCUCAGACAAGAUGGCCUCCAAACCAAAAGCUGAGGAUCCGAAGUUGGCUUUGGUUUUCAUUUCCAGGUGGUUUGAUUCCUGAACUGAGCCCAAGUCAGGGUUAUGAGGCCACUAGUGCACACGGACACGCAGCAACAUGCCACUGGGCUGAUGACAUUUCUGCUGGGCCACAGUUGGCCAUCACUCAGGCCAAAGAGGGCAUGGUUCCUGCACCAGCUGCCCUGGCCUCCACCACCAGCUGCCCUCUUGAUGUUUCUCCCCCUAGGAGGGAAGGGAAGGAGGCACACAAGGCUACAGGGUCAUUCUGUGCACCAGGAACCGUGCAAGGGGUUUGCUGGUGCUCUUAAAUCCUCACAUCAGUGCUACAAAGUGGGAAUUAUGACCCACAUCCUAUAAAGAAGGAAACUGAAGCCUAGAAAAGUAUAGCAGAUUACCUACAUCAUGCCACUGAUAACUGCUCGAGCCAGGAUUCAGCCCCAGUUCUGCCUUUCUGUUCACAGCUCAUGCUUUCUCUGCAGCCCCAGCCUGCCUUCCGAGAGGGAAGAAGUGAGAUGUCUUGGGAGGAAAUACAGCUCUUGUUCUUUCUGCCAUGGGAAUUCUGAACUGGAGCUCUGGCAUGUAUGUGGCCCCGCAGACUGGAGCCCCACACUCGUGAUUCACCUCCCCACAGACCCUCCUUAAAGAAGGGGGAUGGGCUUUUGUACCCUGAAUCCGUCCAUCACUGGCUGUGGGCCAACACCGGGUGGAGGGGGAUAGUUAGUAAUUUCCUGGGCAUCUUGGGAUGAAGGGACUCCCACUGGCUCAGGGAAGGUUUCCCAAGAGGAGCACAGCUGAGCCGUCGGCAGCCAGCAUGCACAGGAGCUGGGAACAGGCACCCCUGCUUGUGAGGAGGACCCGGGUGGAGCACCCAAGGCGACCACCACAAGGAGAGAAGGUGAGAGUCCUGAGAAGCAGUCCUGAGAAGCCUGAGAAGCAGCGAGUCUGUGGGUGAGGAAACGCUCUGGACAGACGCAGAGCCAUAAGAGAUGUGGAUGAACAUAGGGUGGAGUGAGGACAAGCUGAGCUGCCUUGGGCCUGCCUUGAUGCCCUGGGCUGGGUGGCUCUGGGCAGUGCUGCUGCAUUCAAGGCAGUGGGUGAGACCAAACCGGAAGGUGUCAUUCCCCCUUUUGCAGAUGACAAAACCAUGGCUCACACAGGCUGUGACUUGCUUAAGGUCCUACAGUAAGUGAAGGAGUAUCUUGACCCCCAUUCUGUGCUCAUUCCCCUCAGGGGCCCCUGCCCCUACCCUGCAGGAAAAGCCUGGUGAUACCACCAGGCAAAACAUAGCUCAGGAGAUAAAUAUUCUUAAUUGUGGAAACCAUCAGGGUAGACAAAAUGAGUAGAGUCUGUACUCCCGUUUCUUCCUGUGAGAAGAGCAAGCCGAAAACAUCUGUUUCAUGGGCUGAGUCCCUGUCUGAAGCUCAGAGGGUAGGCGGCCAAAGGCUCUCAUCCAAGCUGAUGAGUCUGGAGAUCGGAAUCUGGGGUGACCAACAAUGAGCAAGGAGGAAUCCCCCCAGGGUGGGUGGGCAGGCAGUGCUGGCAGGGAGGGGGCAGCCUGGAACGGCCGGGGAAGGGCCAGUCCUGUGGGCAGCAGCCUCGGAUCCAAGGGUGGGGCCAACAGCCAUCCAGAACAGUUAACCUCACUCCAGGCCUUCAUUGCAUCUGCCCACAUGAGGGAGCGGAUGCAGGGAUAACGAGGCCCUGCUGGGGUGGGGAGCCAGGCCUGCUGGAGUCACGCGCCUGGAACCCAACAGUCAUGACUCACCUCCAUGCGCCUCAAGCCCUGAACUUGAAUUCCAGUUCUUGUCUGGCUUCUGGAAGAGCAGGCCUGUGCCAGACACCCAGUGAUGCCUGAGAUGCCCCGAUAUCAGCAGCAAUAAUAACAUUUACCACUUAGCGAGGACUAGUUAUGUGCCAGGCCCUGUUGUAAGGGCCUUACCACAAAAGGGGCCCAGUUCAAGACCACAUGAGAGGCUGGCAGAGCCGUGAUUCCGACCCUACCCCACCACAUUGCUUCCCAAAGGCCUUGAUGCAAACCAGCCCUGAACCUCCUGGGUUUUCCAAGACAGCCCUGAUUUCUGGCUCUCAGAGUACCCUAGAACCUGCCAAGCCCACACUUCCUGAUCUGAGGACACCUGGGUGAGCACCUCCCUGCUGCCCAGGGAGAGGUCUGGGCUUUCUCUCUGAGCCUGGGACUGACCACUCCCAGGGAGCCCUCACCUUUGAGCCCCAUCAGUGAGACCUAGAAGUCAGGGGGUCAACUUUGCUCUACUCCACAUACUGCGAGGAGAAUCCCAUGGAAGGGGAGAGCUGGCCUGGGCCUGUGGGCACAGCGAGAGCUGCCUGGCCUCACAGCAGCCGGGCCGGUGUCUUCCCCAGAACAUCCUUUCCUCUGCCCACAGAAGAACCUCAUCUGGGAUUACUUAGGGGUGGUUCGCCCCAGCCCCCACUAAAGGUGGACUCGCCUGCCACACCUGCUGCAGCUGCACCCUCAUGGGCUGCCUCGGGACCAGGAGAAGAACCAGGCCUGGGCAGGGAUCCCCUUCCUCAGACAGGGUGAGGUGAGGGGCGAGUGUCCAGUGGGUAUAGUGGACACUGUGGGGUCAACUGGGGAGGCGGGGCCACCCAAAAGGUGCUAUUAUUCACUGAACCUGGAAUGUCAUUCAUCAGCGAAAAGGCAGCUCCCUUCCAGUAGAAACAGGGACAGGGUGGGCCAGUGGGGCUUUGCGAGGAGGGUUCCCCAGGGGGCUCGCUGUCAGUGAGCAGGACACAAGGCAGCCACCACGUGGAAAUAGGCUGAAAAGCCAGAUGUCACCAGGUAUCUCCAUGGUUAGUUGUCAGUUAACCUGUUAGUUAUCAGAUAACAUGUUAGCUUUCUAGUAAUAUCUUAACUGAUUUUUAUUAUGGCCUGAAUGUUUGUAGCCCCCUAAGAUUCAUAUGUUGAAAUCGUACUUCCAAAUGUAAUGAUACUAGCAGGUGGGGCUUUGGAGGUAACUAGGUGAGGUCAUGAGGGUGCAGCCCUCGUGGGUGGGAUUAGUGUCCUCAUGAGAGUCACAAGAGAGCUUGCUUCCUCUCUGCGAUCUGCCACAUGAGGACACAAGAAGUCAGCAGUCUGCAACCCGGAAGAGGGUUCUCACCAGAACUCGACCAAACUGGCACCCUGAUCUCAGACUUCAGCCUCCCAAGCCUUGAGAAAUAAAUUUCUGUUGUUUUUCAGCCAUGCAGUCUAUGGUACUUUGUUACAGCAGCCAGAACUAAGAUAACUACUAACAUCUUAGGAGUCAGUUCCCCUCUUAGUGAGUGCAGUAGACCUCAGUUACAAGUUACCUCAUGAUUACCUGCAACCCCUUAAUUGUGCAUUAACACCUUAGUGGUCUGCCAGUAUCUUGAUUGUCUACCAAUCAUCUUGAGCAAUAAUUUUUCAAAAAUUAUCAGCUGUUAAUGUAACUAUAACAGAUGAACCCCUAAGCCACAGUGGGCUUACUCACUCAGCAAACUUUAUUUCUCAUUCCCUAAGUCUAAUUCUCUGGAGAAGGGAGCAGGGAGGGAUCCUGCUCCAUCCCAUUCCAGCUUGAUGGAGGGACCCAGGCUGAAGGAACCUCCACCACCUUCACCUCUUGGCUCUCAAGUUACCCUGGAUGUUGAUAUCCAGCCCUCAGAUAUGGCCAGAGAGAGGUGGAAUUUCUUAAGGUGGUUUUUAUGGGCCGGGUCUGGAAAUGGCCAUACAUCACUUCUGCCCACGUUCUCUUGGCUUCAGGGGGCUGGGAAAUGUGGUCCCAGCUGGGCAGCCCCUUCCCAAGAACAACUCUGCUUAAGGGAAGGGGAACCCAAAUCUUCGGUGGGCAGCCACCUGCCUCCACCACCUGAACAAUCUUUGCUUUUACAUUCUUGGCUCUCUGUAAAUCUGUUAUCUUCUAAAUAUCUCAGUUGUCUGGUGACACCUGGGUAUAUAGGCAUCUCCUGAGUGACGACUGUUUACCUUCUAAGAGUGUGAACGCUGCUAACUGUGGCUCUGAAAUAACUCAUUCAUCGCCUGCCUGCUGAUGCCGGCCCUGCCCUCUGUCCUGGACUCCAGGACUCACUCCAGAAAUGAAUGAAAUCACAGAUCUGCUUUGUGCCACUUUAUAAAUGACUGAUUUUUUACUUCAAAGGUCCGUUUAUUGGUCUCUAGUUCUCCCCACUUUCUUCCUCCAUGAGAUUCACACAUUGAUUAAUGGAGACAGUUUGGAGUGUUUUGCUGGUUUGGAAGAAGUGGGGCAUUUUAAAAGGUAGAGAAAGGCACGUUUCCCACGUGCCCUGCUGGAAAACUGGGAAAUUCUUCAGAUUCCUGUUUCUGAAGGGUCAGGGCUGUUCAUUAACGGUAGAAAUGUGACACAGCCCUAAAUGCUUCACCUUGUUUUGGUCCUGGAGACUUACACCCCCACCCUACCCCAUCCCACCUCA